UAGAUUGAAAAUACCUUGAACAUAUGUUACUGUUGACAAAAUUUUAAGUGCAUAUUCUCAACAACACCAACUUUUGGCAUUCCAAUUCUAAAUUCUAAGUGAUAAUCACACAACCCUUCACCUCAGACCAUGAGAGAAGUAAUAUCAAUUCACCUUGGACAGGCUGGUGUCCAACUUGGCAAUAUUGGCUGGGAACUGUACUGUCUUGAACACAAUUUGUUAGAAAAUGGCUAUCUGUCACAAGCUCAAGCACCGAUGGACCAGCAGCUUCGCUGUUCAGGCGAGGGGAAGAACUGUAUCGUAGAAGGAUUCAGAUCGUUUUUCUACGAAAAUACUUCAGGAUCGUAUUCUCCAAGAGCUAUUUUUGUCGAUCUUGACCCGACGGUCAUCGAUGAUAUAAGAAGUGGCAGGUUCAAGAACCUCUACAGUCCCAAUAAUUUGAUUUCUGGGAAGGAAGAUGCGGCGAAUAAUUUUGCCCGAGGCUACCUCACCUCAGGAAGAGCGAUUUUAGAAUCUGUCAUGUCGCCGAUCUAUAAAUUGGCAGAAUCUUGCGACAGGCUGCAAGGUUUUAUGCUGUAUCAUUCUUUUGGUGGCGGAACCGGAUCUGGACUACAUGCUUUGGUAACUAAAGCCCUGACAAAAGAAUUUCAAAAAUUAACUAAACUGGAAAUAGCCGUUUUUCCAUCGCCUAAGAUGUCGACGGCUGUAGUCGAACCUUACAACGCUGUUUUAGCUACAGAUGCAACAUUAGAAGAAGCUGAAUGUGUUUUUCUUGCUGAUAACGAGGCCAUGUAUAGUAUUUGUCAAAAGAAAAUGGACAUAGAUAGUCCUUCCUAUACGAAUUUAAAUAGAAUACUGGCUCAAGCUGUCAGCUCGAUUACGAGCAGCGUGAGGUUCAAGGGAAGUCUGAACGCAGAUUUUAUGGAUUUUCAGACCAAUUUGGUUCCAUAUCCGCGAAUCCAUUUUCCAGUGAUGAGCUAUGCUCCGAUUAACAGCGUACAAACGCACGGCCACGAAUCUCUGAGCGUCGCCGAUAUAACCAACAAAUGUUUCGACACGUCGAGUCGUAUGCUGCAAUGCGAAAACGAAGCGGGAAGGUACAUGUCCUGUUGUCUCCUCUACAGAGGAGACGUCGCCCCAAAAGACGUCAACGCGGCUGUAUCUGCGAUAAAGGAAAAGAAAAGUAUCAAGUUUGUCCAGUGGUCGCCGACAGGAUUCAAAAUCGGGAUCAACGACUCUCCACCUGCCGUCGUGCCCGACGGAGACUUAGCCAGAAGCACCAGGGCCGUCUGCAUGCUCUGCAAUACCACCGCGGUCAAAGAAGCUUGGACCAAUUUGAACAUUAAAUAUCACUUGAUGCUUGACAAAAAGGCCUUCUUCCACUGGUACCUAGGCGAAGGGUUAGAAGCAAACCACUUUUACGAUGCCCAAGAAAAUCUUUUAACACUAGAAGAGGAGUACGAGUUAAUGAAUAAAGUCAAUUAACAUUCGUGUUUAAAGACAGCUAAAAGAAAGCAUGUGGAAGAAUACAUUGGCAUUAACA